CAACAUCCAUCAUGUUCAGUUGGUGAAAACAAGCGCCGUCCAAAGCCAACAGGGGUAACACAUUAAUCAGACAAAACACAAUGAACGUGUCUGUUACUCUUUUUCAGUGUCACUAAGUGAAGUGUGAAUCAGCCUUUAGAGAUCUAACCACAUAGACACCGUGAUUCAGUUUUUCUAAGCACAUAGCAGCUCUCUCGCGUCUAAUUUUACAAGAAACAUUAGGCGUGGAUUACAUCAUACAUGGGGGAGAAUAGUCUACUCCCAUUAAGACCGCAAACAUAAGACCUAUCUUUUCCACUUCAGUGCAAAAUGAAAGCCACAUCAAGGUGUGAUAGAGGAAGUACGAUCACUACUGGGUAGCUAAACCAGCCCAUUUUGCAUUAAAUACCACCAUCAACACUGAGGAGAUCUUCAGCACUCCAAAGAAACCUUCCAAGAACAGCAUCAUGAUCAUCUCCGUGCUUUUGCUAGUCACCCUGCUACCAUAUCUGACUGCUCCAGCAUCUGUGCAAGUGGGUAUAGUAAACGGCACAGAAGCCAAACCUCAUUCAAGACCCUACAUGGUUUCAGUUCAAAGUUAUAACAAACACAAAUGCGGUGGCUUCCUUGUAUCUGAACAGUUUGUCAUGACGGCUGCGCACUGUUUUAAAGAAGGAGAGAAGCUGACAGUUGUGGUUGGAGCUCAUGAUUACACUCAUAGUUCUCGCCACAUGGAUGUGAAGUUCUACCACAUUCACCCUGGGUAUGAGUCUAAACGUCUGCUAAAUGACAUCAUGCUACUUCAGCUACAUGAAAAGGUCAAUAAGAGCAAGAACGUCAACUGGAUCUCCAUACCAAAGAAAAAUAAGGACAUCAAGACCAAGGUCAAAUGCAGUGUUGCAGGAUGGGGGAAAAAAAACACCAAAGGUGCAGCGAGUGCUAAGCUUAUGGAGGUGGACGUCACCAUCAUUGAUGCAAAAGAAUGUAAGAAGUACUGGGGAAAAAAUUACUCCACUUCACGUAUGGUGUGUGCAGGUGGUCGCGGUGGAUUUUGCCAGGGGGAUUCUGGAGGACCCUUGGUGUGCAAUAAUCUCGCAGUCGGUGUCGUUUCAUUCAACGAGCUAAACAACUGUAACUCACCUAAGCUACCGAAUGUCUACACCAAGAUUUCCAAAUUUCUAAGUUGGAUAAAAGCUAUUCUUGAAGUUGUGGUUGGAGUUGACAUAAUCAAUGGGAAAAAAGCUCCAAAAAAUUCCUUGCAAUACAUGGUCUCAGUGCAGAACAAUAAAACACAUGAAUGUGGAGGAUUUCUGAUAUCUCCUCAAUAUGUUCUUACAGCUGCACACUGUGCAAGGAAAGCAGUUUUGGAAGAAAAGGUGCAGACGGUGAAAAUCCCACAACUACAUUACAGCGUUAAAAGCAAUACCCAGUGCUUGGUUGCUGGAUGGGGUUCCACUAAACAGCGCAAAGUAGUCAAUGACCUUUUGGCCUUGAAUGUAUCAACUGUUGACAUCCACAACUGCAAGGAAGCAUGGAAGAAAUACAAAGAAAGCAUCGCAAAACUUCCACCAAACAUCAUCUGUGCUGGAGGAUAUAAACAGAAUGGAGGAGUGUGCUUGGGUGAUUCUGGAGGUCCGCUGGUGUGCAAUUCAAUGGCAGUGGGCAUUGUCUCCUUCAGCACAAAGGGGUGUAAAUAUCCUGAUGUACCAAAUAUCUUCACUGAUAUUUCAAAAUAUGCACGUUGGAUCAAAGCAAUGAUGAAGAAAAAAGAAACUUAA